GCGGGGCGGAGGAGCGUUUUCUGUAGGGCCUCAGCCCUGUGUUCUCGGCCACCGCCCCCGCUGCUGCCCCGUAUCCGCCCCUCGCCUGCCUUUAGAGGGUACAGGCGACAGCAGUUUCUCUAGGUGGUCGAACAGCCGCCAAACGUCUCCGUCGAGCUGCCUUUUCUAGCUGGCGGCUCUUCUGGGCUGGGUCCAGGUCGGGGGGUGGGGAAAAAUGGCGCCGGCGCCCCAAGGCGUCCGGGAGGAGCCGCUGCUGGAGUGUGGGUCCGGACUGCUUUCCCGGCUGCUCUUCCUCGCCCAGGCAGUCCUCCUCCUGCUGCCGGCCGCCCGGGCAGGCCUCUGCCCCGCGCUCUGCUCCUGCCGCAUCCCUCUGUUGGAUUGCAGUCGCAGGAAACUGCCAGCGCCCAGCUGGAGGGCGCUGUCGAGCUCGCUGCCCCCCGACGCCGUCAGCCUGGAUUUGAGUCAUAAUCGGCUGUCUAACUGGAACAUCAGCUUGGAAUCUCAAACAUUACAAGAAGUGAAAAUGAAUUAUAAUGAGCUAACUGAAAUCCCAUAUUUUGGAGAACCAACCACUAAUAUUACUCUUCUCUCUUUAGUCCAUAAUAUAAUCCCAGAAAUAAACGCAGAAGCGUUCCAGUUUUACCCUGCUCUCGAGAGUUUAGAUCUCAGCUCAAAUAUAAUAUCAGAAGUCAAGACAUCUUCAUUUCCUCGAAUGCAGCUUAAAUACCUGAAUUUGAGCAAUAAUAGGAUAACCAUCUUGGAGACUGGUUGCUUCGAUAAUUUGUCAAGUUCCUUAUUAGUGGUAAAGUUAAACAGGAACAGAAUUAGCAUGAUUCCACCCAAGAUCUUCAGGCUACCUCACCUCCAAUUCUUGGAACUUAAAAGAAACAGGAUUAAAGUUGUGGAAGGUCUCACAUUCCAAGGUCUAGACUCCUUAAGAUCUUUGAAAAUGCAGCGGAAUGGAAUUAGCAAACUCAAGGAUGGAGCUUUUUUUGGCUUGGAUAACAUGGAAGAAUUAGAACUGGAGCAUAAUAACCUUACAGAAGUGAACAAGGGGUGGUUGUAUGGCUUGCGAAUGUUACAACAGCUCUAUGUGAGCCAGAAUGCUGUUGAAAGAAUCAGCCCUGAUGCAUGGGAGUUCUGCCAAAGACUGUCUGAACUUGAUUUGUCCUAUAACCAGUUGACCCGCCUGGAUGAAUCUGCCUUUGUGGGUCUGAGCUUACUGGAGAGAUUGAACUUAGGGGACAACAGGGUCACUCACAUUGCUGAUGGUGUAUUUAGGUUUCUUUCCAAUCUUCAGACACUAAACUUAAGAAACAAUGAAAUUUCAUGGGCCAUAGAAGAUGCUAGUGAAGCCUUUGCUGGACUCACAAGUCUCACUAAAUUAAUCUUACAAGGAAAUCAGAUUAAGUCAAUUACAAAGAAAGCAUUCAUUGGUCUUGAAUCCCUUGAGCAUCUAGAUUUGAACAACAAUGCUAUAAUGUCUAUCCAAGAAAAUGCUUUUUCCCAGACUCGCUUGAAAGAACUAAUUCUGAACACAAGCAGUUUGCUCUGUGACUGCCAUUUGAAGUGGUUGCUUCAGUGGCUGGUUGAUAAUAACUUUCAACAUUCUGUGAAUGUAAGCUGUGCACACCCUGAAUGGCUAGCAGGGCAAAGCAUCCUGAAUGUGGAUCUGAAAGAUUUUGUCUGUGAUGAUUUUCUCAAGCCGCAGAUAAGAACCCAUCCUGAAACCACAGUUGCUCUAAGAAGCAUGAACGUGACUCUGACAUGCACUGCAGUGAGCAGCAGUGAUUCACCCAUGUCUACUGUGUGGCGCAAAGACAGCGAAAUCUUGUAUGAUGCUGAUAUUGAGAAUUUUGUUCGUUAUCAGCAACAAGCUGGAGAAGCUCUGGAAUACACUAGUGUCUUACAUCUUUUCAAUGUAAAUUUCACAGAUGAAGGAAAAUAUCAGUGUAUUAUUACUAAUCACUUUGGUUCUAACUAUUCUCAUAAAGCCAAACUGACUGUGAAUGAGAUGCCAUCUUUUCUGAAAACUCCAAUGGAUCUAACUAUUCGCACUGGUGCCAUGGCCAGAUUAGAAUGUGCUGCAGAGGGGCACCCUGCACCUCAGAUUUCCUGGCAGAAAGAUGGUGGUACUGACUUUCCUGCGGCUCGAGAGAGACGCAUGCAUGUCAUGCCUGAGGAUGAUGUCUUCUUCAUUGCAAAUGUGAAAAUAGAAGACAUGGGGAUCUAUAGCUGCAUGGCACAGAACAUAGCAGGCGGCCUCUCAGCAAAUGCUUCAUUAAUCGUGUUAGAGACACCCUCAUUUAUUAGACCGCUGGAGGACAAGACAGUAACCCGAGGUGAAACUGCAGUAUUACAGUGCAUAGCUGGAGGGAGUCCUGCCCCUCGCCUCAACUGGACCAAAGAUGAUGGACCACUGCUGGUGACAGAACGGCACUUCUUUGCUGCAGCCAACCAGCUUCUCAUCAUUGUAGAUGCUGGGCUAGAAGAUGCUGGGAAAUAUACGUGCAUUAUGUCCAACACCCUUGGGACAGAACGUGGUCACAUUUACCUAAAUGUGAUUUCAACCCCCAAUUGUGACUCUUCCCAGAGUAGCAUUGGGCAUGAAGACGAUGGGUGGACCACAGUUGGCAUUGUCAUCAUUGUUGUGGUCUGCUGUGUUGUGGGUACCUCUUUGAUCUGGGUCAUUGUUAUUUACCACAUGAGAAGGAAAAAUGAAGACUAUAGUAUCACGAACACAGACGAGCUCAAUCUGCCUGCAGACAUUCCCAGCUACUUGUCUUCCCAAGGAACACUGUCUGAGCCACAGGAAGGCUACAGCAACUCUGAGGCAGGCAGUCAUCAGCAACUUAUGCCUCCUGCCAAUGGAUAUUUACACAAAGGCGCUGACGGUGGCACUGGCACCCGGGUUAUCUGCUCAGAUUGUUAUGACAAUGCUAACAUCUACUCCCGGACCCGAGAAUACUGUCCGUACACCUACAUUGCUGAAGAGGAUGUUCUAGAUCAGACACUGUCCAGCCUUAUGGUCCAGAUGCCCAAAGAGACUUAUUUGGCACAUCUUCCCCAAGAUGCCACCACCCUGGAGAGCCUGGUAUCAUCAGCAGAUAGAGAGAUGUCUGCCUUUCCCACCAACCAUGAGAGGAUAAAUGAGAAGAAACUUUCCUCCACACAGAAGAGCAGUGAACCCUUGCAGCGGCCUCUGUGGAACAUAAACAAAGAACCAGGUAUGCCUCGUCCUCCUUUAUCGCAGCAGUCAGUCUUUGAGUCACCACAACUCCAUCAAAACGAGGGCCUGGCAGAGAGUGAUCCAGACUGUUCCACUUCUCCCAUGCCCUGUCACAGGUUACACGACCACACUUUUGAUUUUAGUAGGACUCGGAACAUUCAAGAUGGCAGUGAGGGCACAUGAAACUCACUCCAGAAUGAAAUCUGGGCAGACUCAAAUUAGUUGAUUUUGUAUUUACUACCUCAGAGUUCGGAAGAAACCCCAAAGUCAGCAUUUGCUUUGCUCUUUGUCUACAAUUACAUCUGACCACAUCAAGGGGGGCCAGACAUUUGUCUGGGCUUAUACUUGACGAAGAAAGGGUAAUGGCUGACAGAAAUGGGUACAUCUAAUAGAAAAUGUGCAACACAGGCGGAGGAAGGUAGAGGACAGAGUGCUGUCUUAUGGUUCUACUGGGAUGUGCCCAGGUGCGCAUUGCCUGUUAGGGAGAGUCUCUUUGCUGCUUAACACCCUGGAUUGUCUCAACCUACAGAAUGAUCCUGAGUAAACAACGCUGUUCUAUUUUGCCUUCCAAGGAACAAAAAUAACUUUGGAGCCCCCCGGGAAGUGUGCCUGGGAUUCUGCAGUGGUUUUAAUCCUAUAGUUGAGAGUGGGGCUUUGAUAUUCAAGGUCUUCGACAAGAAUCCCAGACUUGACCAAUUAUUACCAGGUCGAGGGUUUUGUAUUCUUGUGAAUCUCUCUCUUUCUCUCUCUCUCUCUUUUUUUUUUUUUGGUCCCUAUCGCCCAGGGAUCUCACUGUAUAUAUAUGUGCAUUUAUAAAUAAUUUUUGUAUUCAUUGGUCAUAUGUGUUGCAAUGUAAAUAUUUUUGAUAUGCCAAAAUUAUAUAUAAUAUUCAGUUAUAAUAUUGACAGCAGCUUCUCAGACCACAGAUUUUGUACAACUUGGUUUAGUGAAUCCAAAGACUUUGUUUAAAGUUUUAAAUACAUAUUUGUUAAGAAGUAUAAGUAUAGAAGCAGGGUACCUAGUGAUUGUGUACACACAAACACAAUCUUGGUGUAAU